CUGGCUGUGAGGCAGGCAUUCAGUCCGAGUUUGCCUCUCGUCCCAGGACAAGCAACCAUGAGGGGAUUGAUUAUCGUCUUCGUGACCUUCGCCCUGGUCGGAGUGGCGUUUUCUGGCGGCUACGGCGGCGGCUUCGGCGGCGGCGGCGGCUACGGCCACGGCUACGGCCACUACUCCAAGUCGCUUCCCGGGCCCUCGUUCCUCGUGAAGAGUGUUCACCACGUGAGCCGAGUGAGCCACGGAGGAAACCUGGUCGGAGCUCACGCCGGUGGUGGAUUCGGGGGUGGAUUCGGUGGGGGAUUCGGGGGCGGAUUCGGCGGCGGGUUCGGCGGUGGCCAUGGCCUUCUCCUGCACAAGGGCUAA